AAAGGAGUAAGUUGUUGGUAUCUGUCUUUUCAUAUGCUUGUAGUAAGACUAUAAUUUUAACACUCUUUCUUCUCUUUAUCUGUAGGAAAAAAAGAACUUUUGUCUGACCAUUGUUCAGAUAAGACAAAAGAGCUUCUCUUGAAGCUUAACCCUAUUUCUGUGAAAAUUAAACAAGAAAAACAGACGAAAAAGUAAGACAGUGAUUAAAAAAACACAGCUUUGGUUUUGUUUUCAGUACUGACAUUACUUUACAAUCUCACUCUUGGAGAAAGACAUUCAAAGCACAGAGUCUGGCUCAACCAGCACAAAACAUGGCAAAUAUAAACCAAUAUGUCUGUUUCACAUUUUCUUAAGAGUCCAUUUUUAGUCACAGAUUUACAUCAACAUUACAAAAGAUGGGAAUUCCUGUUGAUCAAGUCUGCAUGCUUAAGCAGAAAGUUUAAAAAAAAAAAAAAAAAAAAAGAGAGAGAGAGAGAGACAAACAGCUGUCAAAUCAUGCCAGGAUACAGUUUUGUUGAUACUUACAUCCAACAAUGUGGUCUUAUUUCUAAUCCUGUACUACUAUUGUUCAUGAGGGAUUAUCUUAACAAGAUAAGAAAUCUUAACAUCAGUGACUAAUACCAGUACAUCUUUUAGCUUUUAACAGUAGAUGCUUAUUGAAAAAAGUCAGCUAAAGUUAUAUCAGGUUGAUCAGGACUUACUGGUUUGGCUGUUGUACAGGAAAGGAGCUGUACAACUGUACUGCCAAAAACAAUGAAGUGAAACGUGAUUAAGGAUUUUUUUUUUUGCAAGUAUUUUAAGGAUGACUAGCCAGAAUGAAAGAAACUACCUUAUUUCAGCAUUCAGGAUAACAAUACCUUUUUUCCCUGGAUAUACCACCGUAUAGAGAAUGGCAUUUUUCACUAAAUUAUUUUAAUGAUUUAGAAGAUUUUUGAACAUAUACAAAAAUGAAAACUUGGAACUGCAAGUAAAGGGAACACAAGCUGCCCACUCAGCUGCCUUCAGGUUAAUGAAAAACAAAGGAAAAAUUUCUGCUCAUACUUCUUUACCUUCUCAAGAUAAAAACAUCAACUAUUUUUAUAGGAUGCAGCUAACAUCUGUCCACAUGUUUUUAAUGCACCAAUAAUACAACAAUUAGUUCAAGCUUAUCUUUCCAAAGUAUUUUAAAAUUAGAAAUUACUUGAUACAAAAUCAUCAAAAUAGACUCUUCAAAUUAUGGUUCACUCUCACUAUGUAAUAUACUACUUAGGUACUGGACAAACAUUCUCACAAAUGGAACAAAGACUUUUUUUUUUUUAAAGAUAAACUAAUUGGACUAUUGGUUUACCUGUGGUUCCUAUCUCAAAGCUUCUUGGCUGAGAAUGGGUUUAAUGAUUACCUUUUAUAACCUAUGUACUUAAGCUGCUGCUGCUGCUUCUGCGUAUUUUGGUUUCAGAUAUGGACACGUCUUGCUGUCUAACUGGCUGGUAAAUCUAACGGGAGAAAUAAAGAAAUCCACUAUACAAGGAUUCCUGGACCCAAUUAACGCCAAACAAAUAUAAAUAAAUAAGAACAAAAUGUUCAGUAGAAGACAUUCACUGCGAGUCAACAUGGAGAAGACUGGCGAUUCUUUCUGAGACAAAGAGCUGCUAAUUAGACAAUUACAGCAGACAACACUUGGUUUAGCAGAUACUUACAUCUCCAAGGAAGUGGGACAAGGCUUAAUUUAACGAAGAUCAGAAAGAAGGUCUCCUAGAUAAGAAAACAGACCAGCUUUUGGGAGAAAGAUUAAAUCUGUCUGGGCCUCUGGAGGAAUUCAAAGGAGGGACUAGCUAUAAAACCUAGAUUGUUCCAGUAAGGACAUCCUCUCAACUGAACAUAACCUGAGACAGAAGAUAAAGACAUUCACUGCCAGAGAUUUCAACAAGUAAACCAAAUGGGAAAAGAAAGCUUGAGAAAAAGAAAAGGAGAGAACAACGGAAAAGAGGAUGGAGAAUCCAUUCAGAGUCAUGAACCCCAAACGAUGAACCUACAAAAGCAGGUGGGCCUCAUCAGUGGAAUCUGUAUGAUUGUUGGUACAAUUAUUGGCUCAGGUAUCUUUGUUUCUCCAAAAUCAGUACUUGCCAAUGUUGGAGCUGUGGGUCCUUGCUUAACCAUCUGGGCAGCCUGUGGAAUUCUUGCAACAUUAGGUGCACUUUGUUUUGCUGAGCUUGGGACAAUGAUCACAAAAUCUGGGGGAGAAUAUCCUUACCUUAUGGAGGCAUUUGGCCCAAUUCCAGCAUUUUUGUUUUCUUGGACAAGCUUACUCGUCACAAAACCCAGUUCAUUUGCAAUCAUUUGUCUCAGCUUCGCGGAAUAUGCAUCAGCUCCUUUUUAUCCAGGCUGUGAUCCACCCCAAGUUGUCAUCAAGUGUCUUGCAGCAGCUGCCAUUGUGAUAAUUACAAUAGUGAAUUCACUGAGUGUGAAGCUGGGAAGCUAUCUCCAGAAUUUUCUCACAGCUGCUAAAAUGAUCAUUGUCACAAUCAUUAUUGUAAGUGGAAUUGUUCUCCUUGCACAAGGAAAAACUGAAAACUUUGAAGAUUCUUUCAAGGACAGUAAAAUUUCUGUUAGUUCUAUCAGUUUGGCAUUUUAUAAUGGACUCUGGGCAUAUGAUGGAUGGAAUCAACUCAAUUACAUCACAGAAGAACUUAAAAAUCCUUACAGAAAUCUACCGCUAUCUAUAAUUAUUGGAAUCCCCUUGGUUACAGUUUGUUACGUUCUGAUAAACAUUUCAUAUUUCACCGUAAUGACUUCAACAGAACUCCUGCAGUCCCAGGCAGUUGCUGUGACAUUCGGAGAUAGAGUCCUUUAUCCAGCCUCUUGGAUAGUUCCUCUCUUUGUGGCCUUUUCUGCAAUUGGAUCUGCCAAUGGGACCUGUUUUACUGCAGGCAGACUUGUUUACGUUGCAGGUCGUGAAGGGCACAUGCUAAAGGUGCUAUCUUACAUUAGUGUUAAGCGUUUAACACCAGCACCUGCUAUCAUAUUUUACAGCCCAUCACUAUGCACCUUCAGAUGCUUUUGGAAGUUGUUCCAGCAGAAGACAUUACUGAAUAAAAAUUCUUGUAUGUACAAGGUUGUUUUUAAGUGCUAUACUGGUUGAAGGAGAUUCAAUUUAGUUUGGCACACAUUUAUACUUUUGAAAUUGUUAUGUUCAUACUGGUGUAUUAUUUUUUGCAACACUUUAAUACUUGAAAAACGUUAAAUAUAUUAAGAAUAAGAGAUUUCUGAGCCAGAUUACAGUGUCCAACAGAGCUGUUUUCUUUGUUUGCUAAUACAUUACAGUAUCUUGUUUUCUGCAUUAGAACUACUCAAAAUAAACAAGAGGAACUUUUCAGUUAUGAAGAUGGCAAAACUUACCAGCAACACUGUCAAGAUGCUUUUGAUCAUGUUGCUGAAAGAACAAAGCAGCUGUCAUUUACAACAUCACAUUCAACAGGCUACAUGGAAAGCACAGAAAUAACGUAAAACCAGACUAACCCAUUCUCAGUUUCUCAGACCAAACGCUAGCUAUCAAAAAACUGAAGGACUGAGGAAGUGCGAAUCAAAUAAAAAUGGAAAGCACAGUUGACAGGAAAAGAGGUGGCUUUUUUUUUUUUUUUUUAAAUUAAAACAAGAAUCA